AUGGAAGUCAAUGGUGAACCAGAUAUAGCUGGUAUUUUCAGCGCGGCUUUAAUGCCAUUGAAAGAUAUGAAAGAUGCAGAUAUUUUGGACCAGUAUGAAAUGAACAUGGCUGAUGGAAAUAUAACACCUGACGUUCUAGAACAUUUAUCUCAAAGAACUACACAGAACCAUAGAGAUGGUAUAUUUGGUGAAGAGUUUAGAAAGAAAGUUAGGGAGAGAAGGAAGAGAACCUAUUGUACAUGA